AUGAACUUCAACCACUCAACCUCAGGAAAACUGGACUUCCCCAUUGUUUUCCCAGCUGCAUAUUUCUUCGAAAUUACAUUACCCUUCAAAGUAGCGUAUACCAUAGAGUGCCUGUCAAUUAUUUUUGCAACUCCUGCGCUCAUUAAAUUUUUUCGAGCACUGGACAAAUCAGCAAUAUUCCAUCGCAAUCUCAUUUACGUUACAAAGUUUCACUACUGUGCGUUCUACCUGCUGCUGCCUUCCCGCAUGGCUCUUUUGCUUUACACGUUGGGAUUCGUUAGCCUUCCAGAAGACGCUCAAUUCACGUCAGUAUUUUUUGCAGUAUGCUUCGUGAACAUAUUCUGCAAAUGUGUUCCUUCAUUUGCACCUCCGUGUAUGCUUCUGGAACGCCUUUUUGCUUCUCACUAUAUCAGUGACUAUGAGGCCAAAUCUCGCACUUGGGUUGCCGCGAGUGCUGUUCUUACUUCAUUCGCUCUGUCGUCAUUCUUUGCGAGCGCGGCCGUAUUCGGUAAUAAUUUGUUAUGUGAUCACCAAAUACCGAAACCAAAGGCCCAAGACCUUUUCAUAAUUGUUAUAACGAAGAAUUUCCGAGAGAAAUAUUUCUUC